ACUGAAUAAAUUUUUUGUCCAAGCAAACUUCUUUUCCCUCGCGUCCAUUUCUCUUACAGUCUGCUGGCAGACACGCCCCGGCGAAUCUCGUGGCUGCGCCUCGGUUGACGCAUAGCUCGUCGCACUUCUCCGGCGCUCUGCCAGACCGCAGGCCAAACAACAUCAUGACCGCUCACGGCGCUGCCGACGAGAAGUCGGCCUCGGCGCCCGCCGCCGCAGACUCGACGGCUAGUGCAGCACAGGUCGACGCCAAGCUGGUAGGCGGCAUGUCUGCGCUGGACGUGAGCACCCAAAGCAAGGAUUCGGAAGGCGAGGAGGGGGCCGCCGUGCCUCCUCAUCGCUCCCACGAUCCGGACUACAACCAGAAGAGGGCAGACCCGUUCCAGUUCGGGUCGCGGUACCUGAGUCAGGACGACGAUCCGUUCGAAUUCAACGCCUGGGACCACGUCGAGACCGACGACACGUACAGGGAGUACGCUGAGCAGCAGUACGAACUGCAGCGACAGUCGCCGGUCUCCGAUUUUGACAAGCACAGGUUCAACUCGGACCCUGCGAAAUGGUGGAACAUGUUCUACAAGAACAACACGGCCAACUUCUUCAAGGAUAGGAAGUGGCUGCAGACGGAGUUUCCCGUGCUCGCUCGCGCCGUUGCCGAGGACACUGGGCCCUUCGUCCUGCUGGAGAUCGGGGCUGGCGCUGGCAACACGGCGUUCCCCAUCUUGGCAGAGAACAAAAACCCGCACCUGAAGAUACACGCUUGUGACUUCUCUAAAAAGGCUGUCGAGGUCAUGCGCUCCAACGAGGGCUACGCCGAGGCCAACGCCGCCGGCACCAUGCAUGCCGACGUCUGGGACGUUGCGGGCGACGAGCUGCCGCCCGGCCUGACCGAGGGUUCCGUCGACGUCGCGCUCAUGGUCUUCAUAUUCUCGGCCUUGUCUCCAACCCAGUGGGCGAGGGCGGUCGAGAACGUGUACAGGGUGCUCAAGCCCGGCGGCGAGGUGUGCUUCCGUGACUACGGCAGGGGAGACCUCGCCCAGGUCAGGUUCCGCAAGGGUCGGUACCUGGAGGAGAACUUCUACAUUCGCGGCGACGGCACGCGCGUCUACUUUUUCGAGAUGGACGAGCUGACCAGUAUCUGGAAGAGGGGUGGGAAACCCGCGCCCACCACUCCUGUUGAGGGCGAGGCCGACCAGGGCAAGGGGGCAGCCCCUCCCAAUGAUCAGAGCCAAGAUGCCCGAUCCUUCUUCGAAAUUGAAGCUCUCGAGGCUGAUCGAAGGCUCCUUGUCAAUAGGGCCCGGAAGCUCAAGAUGUACCGGUGCUGGUUGCAGGGGCGGUUCAGGAAGAUUUGAUAUGGCCAAUUGCUGAGCUCAACCAAUGUUGGUUUGAGUGGCAUGAUCUAUCAACAUGUUCUCCCUAGACAUAUAGAGCGUUUGAUUAUGCUCUAGAUAUCUCCAAUGAUACCCACAAGAUCUGAUUCCCG